UCAUCCAUCCACGUCGUCUUGUCCCGGACAAGCAAGCCGUUGUCGCGCUCCCUCUCACUCUCUCAGUCUCCCACCACCACCACAGAACCCGCCGCUUCCUCUCCGCUUCUCGAAUCUCUUAGGGGCUUGGAUCCAUGGAGAUCUCGCUCGAGGCGUCGUGGGUGGGCGUACAGCGGCACGGGCAGGACCUGGCGGACCGCCUCGCGCAGGGCUUCUCGGGGCUCCUCCACGCGCAGCCGCCGCAACUCCUCCCGUGGUCACCGCCGGCGCUGCUGCCCCCCAAGCUCGUCAUCCCCUUCGACCUUGACCUCCCCGUCGUACCAUUCAUCGGCGGGGUACGUGGCGGUGGCGGAGGCGGGGGCAUCGAUCUCCCGGCCGUGGCCACCUCGUCGCUCGUCGAGAUCGGCGGCCGGCUCGGGCACGCUGGGGCCGAGCUGGGCGCCUGCGUCGGCGGCGCGGUGCAGCAGUUCGCGCGGCGGGUUUCCGUGCCGUUACGUGAGGAGGGCGCGCGGCGCCCGAAGUGGGAGGCCGCUCAGCUGCCGCCCGCGGCGGCGGUGGACGAAGGAGAGGUUGCGCUCGCUGUAGGGACGGUUGGGCACAAGAGGGUCGCUUUGGAAAGGGUUGGAGAUAGAGGGUCCCUCGAGGUGGCGGCCGCCGCCGCCGCUGCGGCCACUGGAAGUGCCACUGCAGCUACUGCGAGCGGGGUUGGGGCUCAGAGCGCGGAUAGGUUGGAUGAGGAGGAAGACGGGUUCGGUUGUGAGAUUGGAACAAUUGAGAACUUUAAGAAGGCUAAGGGAACUUUAAAUGUCUCUGCAACAUACAAUACCAGGCACCAUGACAUUGAGAGUUCAGUAGUUGCACGAGGAGACCUUUGGAGAUUAGAGUCGUCACGUGGCAACUUAACUUCUGGGAAUGAUAGUUCACCUUAUUUCCUUAUUCAGCUGGGGCCUUUACUGUUUGUCCGAGACUCCACGCUUCUUUUACCUGUUCACUUGUCAAAACAACACCUUCUUUGGUAUGGUUAUGAUCGCAAGAACGGAAUGCACUCCCUGUGCCCAGCUAUCUGGUCGAAACAUAGAAAAUGGAUGCUGAUGUCAAUGAUGUGUCUCAACCCUGUAGCUUGUUCCUUCAUGGAUGUGCAAUUUCCAAAUGGACAACUGACAUAUGUUGCUGGUGAGGGGAUAACAGCAAGUGGUUUUUUCCCGUUAUUUGGCGGAUUGCUCCAAGCUCAUGGAAAGUGUCCUGGAGAAACAAGAGUGAGCUUCUCCUUCAAGAGCAAACAUGGCACCAGGUUCACCCCUAUGUUUCAAUGGCCUGACAAUUCCCUUUCAUUUGGAGUUGCUCAAGCUGUAGCAUGGAAGAGAUCUAGUCUUAUGGUGAGGCCUAGCAUUCAAGUCAGUGUUUGCCCCACUUUUGGAGGAAGUGAUCCUGGAAUACGGGCGGAGUUUGUCCAUUCAUUGAAGGAGGAACUUAACGUUAUGUGCGGAUGCUCUUGCUCAAGACACCCGUCGGCUUUCACAGCUCUUUCUCUUGGGCGAUCCAAGUGGAAUGGCCAAGUCGGCAGUUCGGGACUAGUGAUCACCUUGGAAACACCCCUUGACAACAUGGCAAGGCCAUCGUUAUCUGUUCAAUUGAACGGAGGUUUUGAGUUCUGACGUCUCCCCUAUAAGCUGUAGAUACCUCUGUAUAUAUUUUCACACCAUACCACUGUAUAUAUUGCACGAUUCCCACACAUAUAUAGUUAUGUUUCUGGAGAUAGCUUCUCAACGAGUGUAGUGUAUGCGGGAUUUGAUCUGAUGGUCCACUGUUUUGAUACACUGGACAAAUUUGAAGCCUUGGGUCGUGCGUUCGAACCAUUUCUUA